CUUUUCAGUAAAAUGGCACAAGCGAAUAUUCCCCUUUCUCUGGAUCAUUUCAGCUGUUCAGUCUGUCUGGAUCUACUCAAGGAUCCAGUAACUCUUCUCUGUGGACACAGUUUCUGUAUGGUCUGCAUUAAUGGCUGCUGGGAUCAGGAGGAUCAGCAGGGAGUCUAUAGCUGUCCUCAGUGUAGACAAACCUUCACUCCAAGACCUGCUGUGAGUAAAAACAGUGUUCUGGCUGAAGUAGUGGAGACACUGAAGAAGACAGGACUCCAAGUUAAACGUCCUGCUCAGUCUACAGCUGGACCUGAAGAUGUGGAGUGUGAUUUUUGUACUGAGAAUAAAUCCAAAGCCAUCAAGUCCUGCCUGGUGUGUCUGGCCUCUUUCUGUGAAACUCAUCUCCAGCCUCACUAUAAAUCUCCAGAAUUUAAAAAGCACAAGCUGGUGGAAGCCUCCAGACGACUCCAGGAGCAGAUCUGCUCUCAGCAUGACAAACUGCUGGAGGUUUACUGUCACACUGACCAGCAGUGUAUCUGCAUGUUGUGUAUGAUAAAUAAACAUAAAGGACAUGAUACAGUAUCAGCUGCAGCAGAACGAGCUGAGAAACAGAAGCUGCUGCUGGAGGUGCAGGGAAAAUACCAACAGAGAAUCCAGCAAAGAGAGAAGGAGCUUCAGGAGCUAACAAAAGCUGUGGAGUCUCACAAGCUCUCUGCUCAAACAGCAGUGCAGGAAAGUGAGAAGAUCUUUAUUGAUAUUAUCAAAACACUUGAGAGAAGAUGUUCUGAGGUCACAGCACUGAUCAGAGCUCAGGAGAAAGCUGCAGUGAGUCGAGCUGAAGAAAUCAUGAAGCACCUGGAGCAGGAGAUCGCGGAGCUGAAGAGAAGGAAUGCUGAGAUGGAGGAGUUUUCACACGUCGAGGAUCCCAUUUAUUUUCUCCAGAACUUCCUGUCUGUCUCAGCUCCUCUUAGACAUGCAGAUACCAUCAGAGUGUUUCCUCUCCACACAUUUGAAGAUGUAAUAAAAUCUGUGUGUCAAAUGAGAAAGGAGCUAGAGAACCACUGCAAAGAGGAGACUGAGAAGAUGUCGAGUCAAGUGAAGAAAGUUCGAGUUAUUCCUCCUAAAAGCAGAGAAGAGUUUUUACAAUAUUUCGGUCCAUUCACAUUGGAUCCUGAUACAGCAAAUUUCUACCUCUGUCUGUCUGAGGGGAACACAGUUGUGACCAAAUAUCUAUUAAGCUUAUAUGCUUAUUCAUCUGGGAGUUUUGAAUGUUAUUCCCAGGUGUUGUGUAGUGAGAGUGUGUCUGGAUGCUGUUACUGGGAGGUGGAGUGGAGCGGGUAUGAAGGGGUUAAUAUAGCAGUGUCAUAUAAAGACAUCAGCAGGAAAGGAAGCGGUAAUGAAGGUCAGUUUGGACGUAACGAUAAGUCCUGGAUUUUGCUGUGCCAACCAUUUAAAUGCUCAUUCUUACACAACAACCAAGAAACCAUUAUUGCCAUAAACUCCACCCCCUCUAGAAUAGGUGUGUUUGUGGAUCACGAGGCAGGAUUUCUAUCUUUCUACAGCGUCUCUGACACGAUGAAGCUCCUCCACACAAUCAAGUGCACUUUCACUCAGCCUUUGUAUCCAGGGUUCACAGUCAAUUCCAGUUCAACUCUAAAGCUAUGCCGUCUAAAAUAG